GUCAUCCUUCACUACACCCUCCACUCCACACCCAAACCAAAAAUCCAAACUCCUUGCCUUCAUGCCAACUCUACAACCCUUCCUCCUCUUCCUCCUCUCCAUCUCCUUCUUUCUCAUAACAACCACCAAUGGUGCAUCUCCAAAUCCAUUCACAGCCAAGGCUGCACUGAUUCGCUACUGGGAUCGCAAGACCCCAAACCAACGUCCUCAUCCACCCUUCUUCCUUUCCAAACUCUCCCCACUCUCUGCUCUUGAUUCCACUACCUACUCCUCUUUGCUUUCCUCUAAUCCAUCAUCACUCACUCCCCAUCUCCUUACCUUCUGCUCUGCAGCACACCUUCUCUGCUCCCCAUGGACUCCAUCCCUCACUUCCAAAUCCCCCAAAAACUCCCACUUCGCCAAUUACAACAAUGUAAAUUUCACCAACUACGGCAGCCACAUCAACGGUAACCAAGACUCCUUCAAGAACUACUCCCAGUCCCAAAUCAUCCCCGUUGACGUCUUCAAAAGCUACUCCCGAGACUCCGUCUUCCACGACGAGAAUUUCAAAACAUACUCUCCCAACGGCACCAUCACCACUGACAACUUCACUUCCUAUGCCUCCUCCGCCGUCGGUGGCGCCGGCGACUUCACCUCCUACGGCACCUCCACCCAAGUCUCCCAGGUGAACUUCGCUAACUACGAGACUGAAAGCAAUGGCCACACUCAGAACUUCACUUCCUACUCCGAUGCCAACGCCCAAGGUUUCCAGACCUUCACACAGUACGCCAAGAGAACCAAUGCUAUUUCCACUAUCUUCACAUCCUACUCCAAAGACGAUUCAAUUGGGAUUUCCACGUUUAAAGGCUACGGUGAGGGUGCUAAUAACCCAUUGGAUGAAUUCAAGAAAUACGGCACUGAUCCUGGCCUUUCUCAUCAAAAUUUCAAGUCAUACGGUGAUCAUGCCACUGCCGGUACCCAAUCUUUCUCUAAUUACCGUGGGAAGCUGGAUGAUGGUGAUUCCACGUUCGCGUCCUAUGGUAAGGUCGGAAACAAUCCCACACUUGAGUUCUCAGCUUAUGGGAAAGAAAAAGGGGAAGGUAAUGAUCAUUUCACGAGCUACGGUGAAGGGGCUACUGAUCCGAAGGCAAGCUUCAAGUCUUAUAAAGGUACGCCAACUGAAUUCAAGUCCUACUCUAAAACUGGCGUUACCUUCGCCGACUACCAAAAUAGCACCGUCCAAACAGACAACUUGCAAAGUGGCAAAACUAUGAAUAUUGGGGUUGAGCCGGGUAAAUUCUUCAGAGAGAGCAGCUUGAAAGAAGGGACAGUAAUGCCGAUGCCAGAUAUUCGAGAUAAGAUGCCCAAAAGGUCGUUUUUACCCAGGGAUAUAUCUGGUCAAUUACCUUUUAAUGCCAUUGAGUUGGCCAAGAUCUUUGACGCGCCUUCCGGCACUGCGCUUGGUCGGGCCAUUAGUGACACGAUCAGCGAGUGCGAGCGCGCUCCGAGCGCUGGCGAGACGAAGCGUUGUGCGACGUCGGCCGAGGACAUGAUCGACUUCGCUGUGUCGGUGCUCGGUAGCGAUGCCGUGCCGCGGAGUACUGAGAGCGCGCAUGGGUCCGGAAGCAACAUCCUGAUUGGUAAAGUGAAAGGCAUUGAUGGUGGAAGGGUCACGAAGUCGGUGUCAUGCCACCAAAGCUUGUUUCCAUAUCUGGUGUAUUACUGUCACUCAGUGCCUAAGGUGCGGGUUUAUGAAGCUGAGAUCCUGAGCGUUGAAACGAAAGAGAAGAUUAAUCAUGGUGUUGCCAUCUGUCACUUGGACACGUCGGACUGGAGUCCAGGGCAUGGUGCGUUUGUGGCGCUUGGAUCCAAACCGGGUGUGAUUGAAGUAUGCCACUGGAUCUUUGAAGGCGAUUUGACCUGGGGCAAGGCUGAUUGAUGUGUUGUGUUGGUUUGGUUGGUGUUGAAUAAUUGAGGGAUUGCUGCCUUAUCUUUAUCUUGUGUACUUUUUGUAAUUUGUAUUUGUUUACUUUUGAUGGGGUUGUGGACCAAUAGUGCAUGCAUGCACGUAAAUAAUGCAAAAUGUAAUUGUUGUGAUCAAUAAAUGAAGUCAUGUCAGUUUUGUGAUCAAUAAAUGAAGUCAAAUAUGGAGUUCCAAUUA